AUGAAAGGUAAAGAUUUACAAUUAGAGGAUUACAUUGUGUUGAAACAGGAGAUUGUUAAAGCUAAAUAAGUCUAAUUUCAUGUAUUAAUAAAUCACCAGGUUAAUACUGUUAUUGAAAUGCCACUUAAGCUAAAUGUUAAGAUGCAGAUGAAUGUUCAAAGUUAACAUAAAUAUUAGAACCUAAUGUAGAGCUCAAAUUUCUAAUGUACAGCUUAGAUUGGAGGAGGAUAUGUUGAAGAAGGAAAUAAUUGUUAUGAUUAAGAUGAUUAAAUAAACUGUGUCUAUAAUAUAAAAAAUAACCAAAUUUGUUUUUAAUUAGAUGGAAAAUGUUUAGAUAAAAUAUGCGAAAAUGCUCCAUAGACUUUAAAAACUGAUAAAUAAUGUCAAGAUUUCCAUCCAUCUUGUACUAAAAAAUAAGAGGGUGGAUGCAUUGAUAGAUUAUUAUGUUCAACUUAUCAAAUAAAGGAAGCUUGUAAAAAAGAUGCUAUUGGUAAUGAUUGUUAUUGGACAGGAAAAUAAUGUGUUGACAAAAUAUGUGAGAAUGCCUUGAAUACUUAUAAAACAAAAGAAAUAUGUUAAGAAUACUUGGAUACUUGUAUAAAAAUGGAAAAGAUUGUGUAUUGAAUUCAAAUUGUGGAGCAGCCAUAAUUAAAGAAGCAUGCAAUAAAACUAUGUAUGGUACACUAUGUCAUUGGAAUGGAAAUGGUUGUAUACCUAAGACAUGUAAAAAUGCAGGUCCAUUAUAUAUCGGACAUGAUUAAUGUACAUAAUAUAUGGAUACAUGUACUGAGUCCACAGAUGAAAUUACAGGAUGUACAGAAAGAACUUGUGAUAAUGCUCCAUCGUCAUUUAAUACUUAUACAUAAUGUAUGAAUUAUAUAUAAAAUGGAAAUUGUAUACCUUAAUUUGGAGGUGGUUGUAGAAUUAAUACAAAAUGUGAGGAUAAUUUGUUAAAGGAAAGUUAUGUAAGGGAUGUUAAUAAUUAAGAAUGUUUUUGGUGGAAUGGCAAAUGUGAAUUGAAAAUAUGUGAAAAUGCUCAUAUUAGAAUUCAAUACACAUGA